UCUGCAUGCCACACAGUAAACAACAAACACUUAACAGGUGCUGUGUGCUGUGAGUGUCGGAAAAGAAGAUUCUCGUGUGAAUUUGUAUAAAAAUUAAAUCCUUGAAGGUGGAAAAGAUCAGAUUGUGAAAACUAUUAAAAAAUAUCCUGAUUUCGUGAAAAAUUUAAUUAAAUUAACAAUGAAAAUAAUUAUCAGUUUGCUGCUUGCUUUGCUGCUCAAUGUAACUUUGGCGAGACCACAAGGCCCAACAAAAGAGCCCAUACCGAUAAUAAGGCAGGAGCAAGAGGUCAAUUUCGAUGGCUCAUACAAAUAUUCAUAUGAGACGGGUAAUGGCAUACAAGCGGAAGAGGAGGGAUAUUUAAAAAAUGCUGGCUCUGAAGCAGAAGGACAGUCAGCACAAGGCUCCUACUCCUACACCUCACCGGAAGGUGUGCCCGUACGCAUCACUUACUUGGCCGAUGAGAACGGGUUCCAACCGCAGGGUGAUGUUCUGCCCACACCACCACCAAUUCCACCGGCAAUUCAGAAGGCGCUCGCUUACUUGGCCACUGCACCGCCACCACAGGAUCAAUCGAACUCGUUUGCGGGCAAUCGAAGGGGUUAGAGAUUCUCAAAAUGGAAUAAUAGAAAAAAACCCAACCAAGCUGUGAAAUCAAAAUGCCUAAAGCAAAACCUAUAAUUAAAACAACAAGAAACACACACUCAUGCUAAAGAAGACAACCACACACACGUUCGCUAAAAUUAGAAGUCAUGAGAGAACGUAGCAAAGAGAAAGGAGUUUUAAUUUGAUCUGUUGAUAUGGAGUUAAUAAAAUUUUACCUUAACAGUUUAAUACUUCGAUAAACUUUAUUUCUUUCCAAAAUACUCAUUUAACGAAAUAUGUUUAUAUACAUACAUACAUAUGUUCUUGCUUACAUACAAUACUUACGAAUAAGUGUAAUAAAAUUUACAAUUUUCAAAACCUAA